AACGUCCUGGCUGGAGCGCUGUUCGGGCCCUGGACCGGGCUGGUGCUGUGCUCAGCCCUAACGUCUGUGGGAGCGACCUUCUGCUACCUGCUCUCUGGUGCGUUCGGGAAGCAGUUCAUCGUCUACUACUUUCCUGAUAAAGUGGCUCUGCUGCAAGGAAAGGUAGAAGAGAACAGGAGCUGCUUAUUUUUCUUCUUGUUGUUCCUGCGGCUGUUCCCUAUGACACCAAACUGGUUUCUGAAUCUCUCGGCUCCCAUUUUAAACAUCCCUGUGUCCCAGUUCUUCUUCUCCGUCCUCAUUGGUCUUACACCAUAUAAUUUCAUCUGUGUGCAGACAGGAGCCAUUCUGUCACAAAUCACCUCUUUGGAUGCCAUUUUCUCCUGGGACACGCUGCUCAAACUGCUCGCGAUGGCUGUGGCAGCACUGAUACCAGGGACCCUUAUCAAGAAGUACAGCAAGAAGCGCUUGAAGCUGGAUGAAAACCAGCACACUCAGAUACUCAACGGCAAAAAGAGCUUGUGA